CCUCGCGAGUGAAUCCUAGUUAGUCAACAACCGCGACGACUUUUAGUGGCUCAUGUUCGCUUGCUUGAAUCUCUUGUUGAGAGAACAACUUACCACCAAGCCAGUUGCUCCAGAAUGGCGGGCACGGUCAUUAUCACCGGCGCCAAUGGCUCCCUCGGCCUUGGCUUCGUCAAAUCCCUCCUCGCCUCCCACCCCGAAUACACGUUGGUCGCAACAGUACGCAACCCAUCAGGCGAGCAAGACCCCAACACCGCCCAGCUUCUCAAGCUGCUUGCCAAACACCCCAAGUCCCAAACCCAUCUCGAGACUCUCAACCUCGGCCGCCUCGCCGACGUUCGCGCCUUCACUUCCCGCAUCACCGACCAGAUCGCCGUGAAUAAACUCCCCCGAAUAUCCGCCAUCGUCUGCAACGCCUUCACCUGGUCCCUCAGUGGCCAAAAGACCACCGCCGACAACUACGAGGCGACCUUCCAAGUCUCCCACCUCUCCCACAUGCUACUAGUGCUCGGCCUGCUGGGCAGCAUGGACGCACAGAACGGACGGAUAGUGAUGGUCGGGGCAGAGCCGCACGACCCAGAGCGUGGGAGCCCGCUGUCGAAGCUGCGCGCCGCGAUCCCGGAUGACCUGGAGCACCUCGUGCGCCCGCCGCCCGACGCACAGGGUGAGGUUUAUGAUCUGGGGUUUCAGCGGUAUGGCACGGCUAAGUUGGCGAAUGUCGUGUUUAUGCAUGAUUUGAAUGCGAGGUUGUUGAGGCAUGCGAGACUGUCGUCCAUCACGGUGACCUGUAUGGACCCCGGAGGACUGGUUGGGUCGAGGGCGCACUCUGAACAGAAGGCCGGGAUCAGGUGGGCAUUUGGUGUGAUCAAUGUCAUGAUGCCGUUGUUCAGGCACCUGAAUAGCGCAGUGCGGACGACCGCCGAUGCCGGUCAGGAUUUGGUGGCGCUGAGUGUUGGACCGGAGUUCAAGGACAAGAGGGGUUAUUUUGUUGGUCAAAAGGAAGGAGUGUCAGCGGAGGUUAGCCGCAACCCGGAGAUCCAGAAGAAGCUAUGGGACGCGUGCUGGGCUUGGACGGGCUUGUCGGGCGACGAAACGGCGUUGGGAAACGAUGCUGAUGGGCUGGGGGUGAAUGGUAAGUAAUGGGGACACAGGGCACUGGUAGAUGGGAGCUACGCUGUAAAUCCCCAAGACCACCGGUCCGGGUUGGACUCGAAGGUACAGGUAUUAAAUACGUGAACCCUACGUGCC